AUGAGUCUAGUAGGGGGCUUUCCCCACCACCCGGUGGUGCACCAUGAGGGCUAUCCUUUCGCCGCCGCCGCCGCCGCCGCUGCCGCCGCCGCCGCCAGCCGCUGCAGCCACGAGGAGAACCCCUAUUUCCACGGCUGGCUCAUCGGCCACCCCGAGAUGUCGCCCCCCGACUACAGCAUGGCCCUGUCCUACAGCCCCGAGUACGCCAGCGGCGCCGCGGGCCUGGACCACUCCCAUUACGGGGGGGUGCCGCCGGGCGCCGGGCCCCCGGGCCUGGGGGGGCCGCGCCCGGUGAAGCGCCGGGGCACCGCCAACCGCAAGGAGCGGCGCAGGACUCAGAGCAUCAACAGCGCCUUCGCCGAACUGCGCGAGUGCAUCCCCAACGUGCCCGCCGACACCAAGCUCUCCAAGAUCAAGACGCUGCGCCUGGCCACCAGCUACAUCGCCUACCUCAUGGACCUGCUGGCCAAGGACGACCAGAAUGGCGAGGCGGAGGCCUUCAAGGCGGAGAUCAAGAAGACAGAUGUGAAAGAAGAGAAGAGGAAGAAGGAGCUGAACGAAAUCUUGAAAAGCACAGUAAGCAGCAACGACAAGAAAACCAAAGGCCGGACGGGCUGGCCGCAGCACGUCUGGGCCCUGGAACUCAAGCAGUGAGGAGGAGGAGGAGGAGGAGGAGGAGAAGGAGGAAGAGGAGGAGGAGAGCGGGAGCCGAGCCCAGGAGCCGGAUGCAAACCCAGGACUCCGGGCAAGCUCUGCGCACUCCGCUCUGAGGACUUCCUGCAUUUGAAUCAUCCGGUUUAUUUAUGUGCAAUGUGCCUCCCUCUCUUUGCCCCCCCCUUCGAGGCAUCCGCUCCCCACCUUCCCCUCCAAAAAAAAGUGGAUAUUUGAAGAAAAGCAUUCCAUAUUUUAAUAUGAAGAGGACACUCCCGCGUGGUAAGGGAUCCCGGCGUCUCGUAGAUUCUCUGUUUGUGAAUGUUUCCUCCUGGCUGUGUAGACACCAGCGUUGCCCCCUCCCCACCUCCCCACCCCUUUCAGAUAAAGACAGCGGACAAUAGUGUGUAUGUGAAGUGUAUCUUUAAUACUUGGCCUUUGGAUAUAAAUAUUCCUGGGGAUUAUAAAGUUUUAUUUCAAAGCAGAAAACGGGGCCGCUAACAUUUCCGUUGGGGUCGGUAUCUAGUGCUGCCGUUUCAUCUGUGGUGGUUCUCUAUUUGAAGAUGUUUCCAACAGCUACUUGUUUUUGUGCACUUGCGUCCUCUAAAACUAAGUGGAAUUUAAUUAAUAUUGAAGGUGUAAACGUUGUAAGUAUUCAAUAAACCACUGUGUGUUUUUUUUUUUUUUUACAA